AGUAGACAUUAUCGACGAAGCGUUCACUCCAACUACAGUUGGCGUUUCAAGUAGUCCCGACGGAGAAUCACUCGCUCAAAAAUCGAUGGCAAAUAUGUCCUUGCGAUCUCUCCUCACGCCUUCUGUUGUUAUUCCGAUUGCAAACUACGCCUUGCUCUCCUUUCUUGACGUUUCUUUCAGGGUUCUUUUGCCACUGUUCUUUUCGACACUUACUCAUUUGGCGGUCUUGGAUUUGAUCUGGCUACUAUUGGCAAAUGGAUGGCGUUGGAAUCGCCGAUGGUAUCUUUCAGGCAUUCUUCUUCGCCAGAAUCGUCGACUGGAUCGGUCCGAAGCGUUCAUUCUGUAUCUCAGUGUCGUGCUACGCACCACUCAUUGUUAUAUUUCCGAUAAUGUCGUGGAUUUUACGCGCAAGGGGAGAAGCCGGAUGGAUGAUACGAGCCAACGACGCUAAUGUCAUUGUCAGUCGUCGAGUUACGGGAAAUCUAGGA